CUUUCAACUAAAUCUUGCGAAACCAUCAAGCUCUCUGACAUACGUUUCUCAGUGAACUUGCACGCAAUGAGUAAAGCUGGAUGGAUAUCUUUCCUGUUCUUGGCCUUGCAGUCGCAUAUAUGUUUUUCCCAAAUUGGGCUUUUGGAUAUCACUGGGUGGAUUAUAAUUGAUUGUGGCAUAAACGAUCCACGAUGGGAUGAAGCGCUCCUCUGGGAUCCUGAUUCUGAUUACACGCAAACAGGAUCGAAUAAGCAGGUUCAGAAAGGAACAAGCAGGGAAGAAUUCAACACCCUCAGGGUUUUUCCAAACAGCAGCCAAGAUAACUGCUACAUUGUUCCUGCUGAGACACAAACUAUUCGAUACAUCAUCCGGGCUGGUUUUUACUAUGGCAACUAUGACGGUCUCUCCAGCCCUCCCACGUUCGAUCUCUUCAUUAAUGAUGUAAAAUGGACAACUGUUGAUACGUCAGGAAAUAAUGGUGAACCAUUUUACGAAGAAAUCAUGUAUGAAAACAACGGAUCAGGAUUUUUUAAAAUCUGCUUGAAGCAGAUUAAAGAUGGAGGCGUACCGUUUAUCAGUUCACUAGAAGCUGUGGUUUUAUCGGACAAAAUGUAUUCCCAGAUGGAGAAAAAUGCCACAUAUAAUCUUGUCACUCGGACCAACCUUGGAGGCGAAGAAAUCAGGUUUGAUCCUCUAAGAUUCGACGAGCUUCACAACCGUAUAUGGAGCAAGGGAGUUGCGCUAUCCAACUGCCACAACUCUACAGGUUUCAUCGAUGUGACUGCAACAAACGAGAACUCCCCUCCUACUAUCGUACUCAGAGAUUCCAUCGAAUCCAACGGCUCCGAUCCCAUCAUUCUCACAGUCGAUCUUCCUCAACGGACCUCGCAAUCAGCCUACAUUGUGUUCUACAUAACAGAACUCGUCAUAAAAAACUCUAAUCAAACCAGAAUCAUGAGAAUCGAGAUCGAUGGUGAGGAUCAGGGGACGCUGGAAGCGCCAAGUGUUGGCGAGACCUCAGUAGUUACGAAAUAUCCAGUGGCGGUUUCAGGUCCGAGUAUUAAUAUAACAUUGAUGCGUACCAAAGAGUCUAGUUUGCCGCCGAUGAUCGCGGCGAUGGAAGUGUUCACGAAAUGGAGUAGCGAGGUGAAGCAGAAUCACACAGCUCCGGCGUCUGAAGCUGCGGGGGCUUAUUCGUCAUUCGCAUUGUCGUUGAUGAUUCCUUUGGUGUUUUUGUUGGUGGCGACGUGAAGGUGGUGAAACACAUCGUACUUUGCAAUUGUAUCUUCGCAAGUUGUUGUUAUUGGAGUCAAAAUAAUGGAAAUUUUA